CUGUGACCUUAAGGUACACAUUUCUCUGGGAGAGUCCAGUAGUUCAGAGUUAUUUGAUUCUUUCACAUGUGUAACUUAUAGCUAUCAGAGUUUAUUCUCCUAAUAUCAUUGUUCUGGUGGGUUUGGAAUUAAUUCAUGCCUGACAGUUUUGCUCAGCUCUGGUUUAGACUGCAAGGUAGUGGACCUUCUAAGUGUUUUCAGUGUGUGGUAGAUUUUUAUGUAUGUACGUGUAUAUUUAGAAGAAUUAAACAAGGUUUUGAAUUUCUUUGAUUCUUUCCUACAGAACAGAACAUUAAAGGAAGGGUUGGUUGCAGAAGUAGGCUCAAGUUAAAUGUGGACUUAUUCAGUUGAUUAGGUUGCUCUAUAGCUGGGGUUGGCAACAUAUUUGGGCAGAGUGCCAAAACGCCCACAAUCUCAACUUGUUAGAUGUUGGCAUGCCAGGGCAGAGGGUGGGGGAGCCACAAAGGGCCCAAUCCUUGUUGUGGUAGCACAGCCUCAGUCCUUUCCCUGAGGCACGAGUGCCAAGCAAAUUGCCUUUGCUUGCCAUACUCUGGCACAUGCAGGUGGUUGCCUACCUUCCCUGUUCUGUAGUAACCUGUAGAGUUAAAUUAUUGCUACAAUAUAAAAUCUUUUUCCUUUUUCUUUUCUUUUCUUUUCUUUUCUUUUCUUUUCUUUUCUUUUCUUUCCCACAGAUGAAACUCCUUCAUUGAAAUUGAUUUAGCAUUGAUUCUGGCAGAAGGAAUGGAAACCUCAAGAUUCAAAUGAACCCAGAAUUAACUAGAAGAACUGAUGAACAGAAGAUAACAACCAGGAAGAAAACAAGGCAGCUUGAUCUGGUGUGGAUAAAAGAAUGACCAGGAUAUUUAUUUACUGUCCAACUUCUUCACCCAAGAGAGUAGCCAUGUCUGCCUCUUCCUCAGGUUAAUUCUUGUGGGUGUUUGCGUUUGACUUCAUGAGAAACAGCAGAAUCCUGGACUGGUAAAACGUGGAAAGAACAAAUUCUAAUACAAAAAUUUCCUUAUGGAGAGUUGCUUGCCAGAUCUUUAAUGCUGAGGGAGCUCCUGUUUGAGCAUCUUCACCGAUUACAACUGUGGAGAUAUGUCACUUGGAGAGAGGAAAUACUUUAAGUAGCUCAGACAGUUUCUUUUUUGGAUACUGAAGUCAAUGCAUGUGUUUUCACCAAGAUGCCAUGAAACUAUAGCUUAAAAUAGGCAUAAAACAAUUGGAUUAUAAUAAUUGAAGAUUUGGAACCCAAGUGAUGUUAAGACAGUCAAAACAUACUGGAACUUGGCUGGCUGUUGAAAUGCAGAAGCUGAAGGGGCUAUUCCAUAUCAAAAUAUACUGAAGACCUGAUUUUCAUGCAUCUCUCUGUUAACCACUUCCUUAAAUGACCACGAGUGGGAUCUCAUGCAACCUUUGUAUUUUUUGGAAACUAUUCUCCAAAAGGGAAUUGUGCAUUUAAAAAGCAGACAUGACUCUGUUUUUUCUUGGAACUUACUAAGGUUAAACACAUUUUCAAAUCAUGACCAGCUUAAAGCGGUCCCAGACUGAGAGGGCUGUUGCCACUGGAGUGUCAGUUGGAACAGAUGGCACUUCUAAAGUCCAUUCAGAUGACUUUUACAUGAGGCGCUUUAGGUCUCAGAAUGGCAGCUUAGGAUCUGCAGUCAUGGCUCCUGUUGGACCUCCACGAAAUGAAGGUUCCCAUCAUGUUACCUCUACUCCUGGUGUUCCUAAAAUGGGAGUAAGAGCAAGGAUUGCUGACUGGCCACCAAGGAAGGACAACAUCAAAGAAACUAGUAGAUCGAGUCAGGAAAUUGAAACAUCAAGCUGCCUUGAUAGUAUGUCUUCUAAAAGUAGUCCUGGGAGUCAGGGGAGCUCUGUAAAUCUGAACGCUAGCGACUCUGUCAUGUUAAAGAGUAUCCAGAACACCCUUAAAAACAAAACAAGACAAUCUGAGAACCUAGAUUCUCGGUUUCUAACACCUGAUGGAUACCCCAGUUCCCCUAGGAAAGCUCUUCGCAGAAUAAGACAGCGCAGCAACAGUGAUAUUACCAUAAGUGAGCUUGAUGUGGAUAGCUUUGAUGAAUGUAUUUCACCAACUUUUAAAUCUGGGCCAUCACUGCAUAGGGAGUAUGGCAGCACAUCUUCAAUAGAUAAGCAGGGAACUUCAGGGGAUAGUUUUUUUGAUUUAUUAAAGGGUUAUAAAGAUGAUAAGUCUGAUCAGAGAGGCCCAGCCGCAACCAAGCUCAGUGAACUUCUGAUAGCCAGUGGAAGCAAGGGUUCAGGAUUCUCUUUGGAUGUGAUAGAUGGGCCUAUUACUCAGAGAGAGAACCUCCGACUCUUUAAGGAAAGGGAAAAACCACUUAAGAGACGCUCAAAGUCAGAGACAGGGGAUUCUUCUAUUUUUCGUAAGUUGCGUAAUGCCAAAGGUGAAGGGGAACUUGGAAAGUCUUCAGAUCUUGAAGAUAACAGGUCUGAAGAUAGUGUCAGACCUUGGACUUGUCCAAAAUGUUUUGCCCAUUAUGAUGUCCAGAGUAUAUUAUUUGAUUUGAAUGAAGCAGCAAUCAAUAGACAUAACGUUAUUAAAAGACGGAACACCACAACAGGAGCUUCUGCUGCUGCUGUCGCAUCCUUGGUUUCUGGACCCUUGUCUCAUUCUGCAAGUUUCAAUUCUCCCAUGGGCAGUACUGAAGACCUGAAUUCAAAAGGAAGUCUCAAUAUGGACCAGGGGGAUGAUAAAAGUAAUGAACUUGUGAUGAGUUGUCCUUAUUUUCGUAAUGAGAUUGGUGGGGAAGGAGAGAGGAAGAUCAGCCUGUCCAAAUCCAAUUCGGGUUCAUUCAGUGGAUGUGAAAGUGCCUCUUUUGAGUCUACGCUUAGUUCCCAUUGCACAAAUGCGGGAGUGGCAGUACUUGAAGUACCCAAGGAUAAUCUGGUUUUACAUUUAGACAGAGUGAAAAGAUAUAUUGUUGAACAUGUGGACCUUGGUGCAUAUUAUUAUCGGAAAUUCUUUUAUCAGAAAGAACACUGGAAUUAUUUUGGAGCAGAUGAAAACCUUGGUCCAGUCGCUGUGAGUAUUAGAAGAGAAAAACCAGAAGAAAUAAAAGAAAACGGACCUCCAUACAAUUACCGCAUUAUUUUCAGAACCAGUGAGCUUAUGACCUUAAGAGGCUCUGUACUGGAAGAUGCUAUCCCUUCAACUGCAAAGCACUGCACAGCCAGGGGACUCCCCCUAAAAGAAGUGCUUGAGUAUGUGGUUCCUGAGCUGAAUAUCCAUUGUCUUAGGUUGGCGUUCAACACUCCAAAAGUCACAGAGCAGCUUAUGAAAUUGGACGAACAAGGGUUAAGCUAUCAGCUGAAGGUGGGUGUCAUGUACUGCAAAGGUGGACAGAGCACAGAAGAGGAAAUGUACAACAAUGAAUCAGCAGGGGCAGCCUUUGAAGAGUUCCUUCAGCUGUUAGGAGAACGAGUUCGACUGAAGGGGUUUGAAAAGUAUCGUGCUCAGCUAGACACCAAGACUGAUUCAACUGGUACUCAUUCUCUUUAUACAACAUACAAGGAUUAUGAAAUCAUGUUCCAUGUUUCUACCAUGCUGCCCUACACUCCUAACAACAAGCAACAGCUCUUAAGAAAACGGCAUAUUGGAAAUGAUAUUGUGACGAUAGUUUUCCAGGAACCUGGAGCACAGCCAUUCAGCCCAAAGAACAUUCGUUCUCACUUCCAGCAUGUCUUUGUCAUUGUAAGAGUGCAUAACCCCUGCACUGACAAUGUCUGUUACAGUGUUGCUGUAACAAGAUCCAGAGAUGUACCAUCCUUUGGACCACCAAUUCCAAAAGGUGUCACUUUUCCUAAAUCGAAUGUGUUCAGGGACUUUUUAUUGGCCAAGGUCAUUAAUGCAGAGAAUGCUGCUCAUAAAUCAGAGAAGUUCCGUGCCAUGGCCACCAGGACCCGUCAAGAGUACUUGAAAGACCUGGCAGAGAAGAAUGUCACCAACACACCUAUUGACCCUUCUGGCAAAUUCCCCUUCAUCUCACUUGCCUCAAAAAAGAAGGAAAAGUCCAAGCCUUAUCAAGGAGCAGAGCUCUCUAGUUCUGGUGCCAUUGUAUGGAGUGUCCAUGCAAAGGAUUAUAGCAAGGGCACAGAAAUAGACUGCCUCCUGGGCAUCUCUAAUGAGUUUGUAGUUCUUAUUGAGCAGGAUACAAAGAGCGUGGUGUUCAAUUGUUCCUGCCGAGAUGUGAUAGGGUGGACUUCAACGGACACUAAUGUCAAAAUCUUCUAUGAACGGGGUGAAUGUGUUUCCUUGGAGAGCUUCAUAAACAACAUUGAUGAUAUCAAAGAGAUCAUCAAAAGGCUUGAGAUUGUGACAAAAGGCUGUGAAACAGUAGAGAUGACCCUGCGCAGGAAUGGACUGGGCCAGCUUGGUUUCCAUGUAAACUAUGAAGGCAUUGUGGCAGAUGUUGAGCCCUAUGGCUAUGCUUGGCAGGCAGGACUACGACAGGGAAGCCGACUAGUAGAGAUUUGCAAAGUGGCAGUAGCCACACUAAGCCAUGAGCAAAUGAUUGAUCUGCUGAGAACAUCAGUCACUGUGAAGGUUGUCAUCGUUCCUCCAUAUGAGGACUGCACCCCACGCAGGAGUUCUUCAGAAAGCUAUCGCAUGCCAGUGAUGGAAUACAAAAUGAACGAGGGGGUUCCAUAUGAAUUCAAAUUCCCCUUCAGAAAUAACAACAAAUGGCAACGAAAUGCAAACAAGGGGCAGGGAUCUCACAUGUCACAGGUACCAUCCCAGAUGCAGAGUCCAGUAAUCUCAAGGAUUGGGUCAGGGAAAGGAGAAGGGAAAAUGCCUCCUCCAGAACGAUCAGCCAACAUUCCUCGCAGCAUCUCUAGUGAUGGGCGUCCAUUGGAAAGCCGAAGGUUGUCUCCUGGUUCCGAUGUCUACGUCACCGUUUCAUCCAUUGCUUUAGCAAGAUCACAGCAGUGCCGUAAUUCACCAAGCAACCUAUCGUCCUCAAGUGAGACUGGCUCUGGUGGGGGAACAUACAGGCAGAAAUCUAUGCCAGAAGGGUUUGGAAUGACCCGUAGAUCUCCUGCCUCCAUUGACAGGCAAAGCACACAGACAGAUACUGGGGGCAGCGGCAAAUCCACACCCAGCUGGCAAAGGAGUGAAGAUAGUAUUGCUGACCAGAUGGUGUUGUACUGUCUUGCAGAACCAACAUGCCAUCUCCCAGCAGUAUCAAAAGUGCUGCCAUCCUUCAGAGAGAGCCCCAGUGGAAGACUAAUGAGGCAAGAUCCUGUGGUUCACUUGUCUCCAAAUAAGCAGGGUCAUUCUGACAGCCACUACUCCAGCCACUCCAGUAGCAAUACUCUCUCUAGCAAUGCCUCCAGUGUGCAUAGUGAGGAGAAGUGGUAUGACAGCGGAGAGCGUAUGGAGUCAGAACUGAACAGCUACAACUACCUUCAAGGAACAUCCGCAGAUAGUGGCAUAGACACCACUUCGUACGGCCCCAGUCAUGGCAGCACAGCCUCUCUGGGAACCUUAACAACAUCUCCUCGAUCAGGGUUGACAAAGGAGAAAGUGGCACCACUGUGGCACAGCUCCAGUGAAGUAGUCUCCAUUGCAGACAGGACUUUAGAAAAAGAGAGCCAUGUUGUAGACCGAAAGACAGAGUCUUCGCUAAGCCUGGAUAUUCACACCAAGAGUCAACCAGCCUCCAAUCCAUUAACAAGAGAGAACAGCUCUUAUAGUCUAAGUGAUGCUGUUUCACACACAAGUACCAUGAGCUCACGACAUUCUGCCAGCCCAGUUGUUUUCACCAGUGCCAGAAGUUCACCUAAAGAAGAGCUUCAUUCUGCUACUUCCCCGCAGCUCGCACCUCCUUUCUCCUCCUCCUCCUCCUCCUCCUCUUCUGGUCCUAGGACUUUCUACCCACGCCAGGGUGCUACUAGCAAGUACCUGAUUGGAUGGAAAAAACCAGAAGGGACAAUAAACUCUGUGGGGUUUAUGGAUACAAGAAAACGUCACCAGAGUGAUGGCAAUGAAAUGGCACAUCCUAGGUUGCGUGCAUCAGCCAGAGAUCUACGGGCAUCACCCAAAGGGUCCUCCAAGUCCACUGUCGAGGAAGAGCUGAAGAAACUGAUUGAUCUGGACAGCCCAACGCCAGAGUCCCAGAAGAAUUUCAAGUCUCCAUUCCCUAGCACUCCUACCACAAGGCGUGCCUUGCAGAGAACCCUGUCAGAUGAGAGUAUUUACAGUGGUCAAAGGGAACACUUCUUCACCUCACGGGCCUCACUUCUGGACCAAGCCCUGCCAAAUGAUGUCCUUUUCAGCAGCACAUACCCGUCUCUCCCAAAGUCAUUACCCUUACGGAGGCCAUCAUAUACAUUAGGAAUGAAAUCAUUGCAUGGAGAGUUCUCUGCCUCAGAGACCUCCCUCACAGACAUCCAGGAGCAAAGAAGGCAGCCCAUGCCAGACCCAGGUCUUAUGCCCUUGCCUGAUUCUGCCUCUGAUCUGGACUGGUCAAACUUGGUAGAUGCUGCCAAAGCCUUUGAGGUUCAACGAGCCUCGUUCUUUGCUGCUAGUGAUGAAAAUCACAGACCAGUGAGUGCUGCCUCCAACAGUGAUCAGACUGAGGACCAGCUCACUGGACAGAUAAAGCCUUACACAGGGAAAGAGUCUCCUCCUACUCUUGCCUCAAAAGUAGACCAGUUAGAAGGUUUACUGAAGAUUCUGCAAGAGGAUUUAAGGAAGGAAAAGGAAGACAAGGCCAAUCUUCAGGCUGAAGUGCAGCACUUGCGGGAAGACAAUUUACGGUUACAGGAGGAGUCUCAGAACGCAACUGAAAAACUGAAGAAAUUCACAGAAUGGGUUUUCAACACGAUUGAUAUGAACUGAAGACAGUAAAUGGGGAAGGAAGGAAACCAUCAGUGCUGAGCAUCGUCAGUGGGACUUAAGCUUUAAUGCCAUCUUUACUCAUGAUGUGAAAGUGUAUAGUCACAGCACUUCCCCACCCUCCCUCCUCUAACAGCCCUUUUUUGCAUCCUUGCGCUCUCUCUGAACAAUUGCAGAUCAACAAUCAACAUCUGCCUUUUGUAGAAAAACAAAAAAGUAAAUAAUUUUACAAAGGUAAAAGAGAAGGUAACUGCUAAAAUGUGAAUGUCUUUAUUUUUUGCACAUUAUCUCUUUACCUGUUAUGUACAAAAUGAUUUGGAGGCAGGGCCAGAAUUGCUCUGCCCUUCGCCUCUACUUAUUUCCAUUAACUCCUUUCUAUCUAUUUCAGGUAAUCUGCUUUUCCUUGCUGCUUUGGCAAAUAUUAUGACACCUAGAAGACUAGAAAGAAAUGUUUCUUUUGCUGCUUUUCUUAUGUUGGUUUCUGAAGUUUGCCGCAGACAAGGGGAUAUGAAACAAGGGUUGAGGUGUCUCCUGAAUGAUUUGCGCUUGACCGCUAGUGCUGCCUUCCCAUAUGUUAUGCAAGACAUAGGCCCAUAGUGGAUGGUACAGUAGAGACUAGAGAUUUGAGCCAUGGGUGAGACUUAUCACAUAUCUCCUCCUUGCAUUAGCAUUUCUAGUUACUUUUGUUUCCUGUGGAAACAAUGGUUGCCAGUUUACUGUAGGACAGUGCAGUUUGGCUCUUUGGCUCGCCAAAAGGUGCACCACAUCAGGCAGGCUGAAAGAAACUGUGUAACGCAUGGUCUCCAUCCCUUCCAUAGCCUGGACAGUCCUGUUCUCUGAGCAUAUACAGUAAGUUCUUGACUAAAGUCCUAAAAUAUUUAGAUUUUUUCAAACCCCAGGCAUUUUCUUGAACUCUCUUUAUGCCAUGUCAGUGCUCCUGCCCUGCUGUUCCCCCACCUGUUUGAUUAUGAGACUCCCAAAUAAGAGCAGGCUCAAGCAGUGUUUAGAAAUCACUUGAUUUCCUGUAUGCCAGGCCUUCUGGAAUUAAUAACCCCCCUUUAUGUAGAACUAUGUAAAGACUAAAUGAAAAAAGGGUAUUUUUAGAAGUAUUGGGACAGGGAAAAAAAAAUCAAUAUUUUAACUCUUAGGUCUCUGGAGUCUGGCAUUCCCUUUACUACUACCUAGCAUUAUGUUUCCCAUCCUGCUUAAUACCAGGAAGCUAUUUUUGUUUUCUUUGAAGGUGCCAUGAACUUGCCAUAAGAUGUCACCUCUCCAGAAAUGCCUUUUUUUUUUUUGCAUUACAAUGCAACUCACACGGAUUGCAGCCUGCACAAAUACUGCUGCAAGCAGCAUGCAGUAAUCAUCUCUACCCUCCACUAUCAACAUCCUUCCCAUCUAAACAUAUUUCUUACAUAAGAAAUAUUAAGGAAUAUUUGUCCAUUUCAGCCACAGACUUCCCACACUUCUGCCCCCUCCCUCCCCCUCUUUCCCCUCUGUCAGAUGCUUCUUUAAAAAAAAAUGGUAGGCAUAUUCAUAGUUUCAUAGUUGGUAGGGUCGGAAGGGACCUGAGCAGAUCAUCAAG